AUGGGUGACAAUCCUGAUAAUCCUGGAGCAAAUCAACAACCUGUUGAAGGAGGAAAUAAUAAUAAUGUUGCUGAUCAACGUUGUCCUGUUAUUAAUGUAUCUCCACCUGCUCAACUAAUCAUGGGUGAUAGCCCAGUAGAAAACUGGAAACUGUAUAAACAAGCCUGGUCUAACUAUAAAGUUAUCGCUGGACUAGAAUUAAGAACUGAAGAAUAUAGGAAAGCUUUAUUUCUUCAUAAUUUAGGCCGUGAAGCUCAGUUAAUUUAUAAUUCGAAAGAUUUACCUUUACUGAAAGCUGGAGACGUUGUACGUAUUAAACCUUUUAAACUUGGUGAUAAAAUUUGGAAAAAAGGGGAGGUAAUACGUAGACUCAAUAAACGCUCUUAUCUGAUUAGAACUGAUGAAGGUACUUUCAGACGCAAUCGUAAAUUCCUACGUCAAACUGCUGAACAAUCUGAUUUAUUUGUUCCUUAUCCUCCGGAUGAAGCUGCUGAAAACAACGCAGAAGUAUAA